AACUUUCCGAUCCUCUGUCGGUAGUGGGCUUUGGUCGUGACCUUGCGCAUCCUCACCCUUCAAUUCGUGCCAACACCACCAUCGUCUUCGCAGAACGACCAUUGCCGGUCCCGGCCUCGCCUCCUGCCUCACAGGCGCUCCCGACGUUGCAGUUUUCCUCAUCCCGAGUCUGCUCGCGACUGCCCGACCUGCUUGCAACCUGCGCGGUGUGACGUAUUCUCCACACGCUCCAGCCUCCUGUCGCGUGGCCGCUCUCCUUUCGCGUUGGCGAUUCCCUCCAUUGCCAUCGCCAUCAGCAUCCACCUUGCGCCACCACACCGCGCGUUGCCCUUGUGUUCACGCUGCAUCGUGUUGCGGGGACCUGACUGCCCAGCGCUUACGCCUAUGCACACUCUCGACGUCGUCGCCUGCCCAUGAGAAUGAUGGUCAGCGGAUAGGACCAAGUCCCGUUCACGACCUGAUAGCCUCCGGCCAUGGCUCCGAGCGCAGGCUUCAACGAGUAUUUCCCCAAUGCUCCUCGCUCAUCUAGAGAUCGCGCACACGAGCGCGACCGCGAUCGGCUCAGCACAGAGGGCUCCAGGACAGCCACCCCGUCCCGCGAUACAAAUCCUCACAAACCCGAGUCGUUCGUGACGAAUCCUGAUGCAUCGCAACCACCCCUCGAUGAUGCCGAAAUCGUACCCGGGGACAUUCUGAACGCUCUUGGGUCUACCAGCUCUCACGAGAGCACAACUUCCUCCAUCUUCAGCACACACAAUAAUAAUAAUACCUCUCUUGCCGCCGCCACUGGAGUGCCUGCUCCGAAUAGCGCACUCACUCCACUGACCAACAUCGGAUCGCCGAUAUCCUCAUCUCGUCCUACACACCAUAGGCGCGACGCAGAAGCAUCGACCUCCGUGGGCGCAAUGCUGUCCCCGCUGACGGGGACUGAGCGCCCGCCAGCUCGUGAUCCUGCCCGCCACGUGCUUGGCCAGAGAUUGAUUCACGACCAUCCUUCCGACAAAUCCAUGUCGUCGACCGAUCGAAAGAACGUCAAGCCCAGAUACAAAGAGUUCGGUGCGAAAGAUGACGCUCCCCCCUCAGAUCCCCGACUCAGGAAUGGUCGGACACGGAUCGAAUACAUCAAUGUCGACUUCAACAUGCCCAAGUCCAGGCUGCGACAGACUCCCUACAACAUCAGGCCGUACCAGUAUGAUCCCGCGACUUCGAUAGGCCCUGGGCCGCCAACGCAGAUUGUGGUGAGCGGCUUCAACCCUCUGCUGGCAUUCUCCAAAGUCACAAACACGUUCGCCUCGUUUGGUGAGAUCGCCGAAAGCAGCAACAAGAUGCACCCCAACACUGGUAGCUACCUGGGCUUUGCGACUUUCCGCUAUCGGGAUUCCAAGCGGCGGACGCCGUUCGUGUCUGCCAUAGAUGCAGCAAAGAAGGCCGUUCGCUGCAUGCAUGGCCAGCGUUUUGAGGCGAAGCAGAUUGUGGUUCAGUUCGAUCGCGAUGGCAGGCGCAGCCGACAGAUGCUUGAGAAUGUCCUGCAGAGGGAGGAGGAAGCGGAACGGGCCAGGGCACCAUCUGUGGUCCCGCCACCUACCAAUGCCAUUCCCACGGGACCCAGAUCAAGAGCUGCGGAUGCUACUGGCCGCGGGUUCUUCCUUUCACCCAAAGGACCUGCCGCUGAUCGAUCAGCUUCGACAAGUAGCGAACCAACCCGAGCAUUUCCGACGAAACCCAAGGGCUAUUCGACGAUUGAGCCGGUCGUGAUUGCGACUAUUCUCAAGAGCGAACCUUACAUUUUCAUAGCGGAUGCGAGCGUGCCAGUCAUGCCAGCAACGAUUCCGCACAUGAAGAAGAGGUUAAAGUCGUUCCAGUUCGACGACAUCCGUGCCGACCGCACCGGAUACUACAUCAUCUUUCCCGAUACGUCAUACGGCAGGGAUGAAGCUUUCAGGUGCUACCGGUCAGCCAAUGCAAGCUCGUUCUUCACAUAUACUAUGGCCAUGACGCUGGUUCCCGGCGCAAAGGCGGACAGGCCCGCGGAGGCGGACAAGACGGCUCCUCAUCCGCCCGAGCGGGAGAGCGGGCCGGCAGUGGGGAGUCGGACGCGUGAUGAUCAGCAGAAACGCCAGAACGAACGACGCAGGGACGAAGAAGCUGUGCUGGAGGAAGAGAAGAAGCAGCGUGCCAAGAACUUUGACCCUGUGAUGGAGGCUGUCGAGGCUAUUCGUCGGGAGAUGACAGAGCACCUCAUCAGCCACAUUCGGACCAAGGUAGCUGUUCCGGUUCUUUUUGACUACUUGGACCCAGCAAACCAUGUCGCGAAGCGGCGGAAGCUGAAUCUGGAGAGCACAACCAUUUCUUCACGCUUAUCCAAGACGAUUGAGGACCGCGAGAUCACGCCUGUCAGCACCCCGAAUUCUAGAGCGGAUCCUAUUGAGCGGCGUACUGCACGCCUCGAGGUGGCUGCUCUACCACGAAUACGGAAAGCAAAGGGUCAAAAUGUCACGCAGCGCAAUGCUUUCACUGAUCCAUUUGCACGCAAACGAACAGCCACUGGUCGCAACGCCUUCCGCUCGCUACACUACCGCUUGCAAUCACCUGACAGCGAUGAGGAGUCUGACAACGAGGCGGCGAAUCGGGGUUCGAUGGUGCGGGACACCGAAGAGCCCGAAUCGCGACCACGCAGUCGUAUGAGCACAGAUGAGGAUGCCUUUGAUGAUGCCUUUGGAGACGAGGACUCUACAACCGAGGCUGGCUUUGCGACUCCGGACCGUUUUGGUCGGACCAAGAAGCGGAAACUUGAUCUUCAAGUUGAAGCAGCGAUCAAGAGACAGAAGAAGUCGGAUGAAGAGCUCUUUGGUGUCACCAUCGAUACUCUUGAGCACGAACUCCCUAGUCCUGUUGAAAGCACAGCGGUCCCAUCCCUGAAUGUACAAGAUGAGAGAACACCCGAGCCAACUCAAUUGCCGACGCCGACCGAAAAAUCGUCAAAGCUGAAGAAGAAGGCCGUCCCCGCAAAGCCGAAGAAGAAAACCAAGAAGCAGAUUUUGGAAGAGGAGGAGCUGCAAAAAGAACAGCAGCGCCAAGAACAACAGCAAGAAACUCCUGCAGAGGAGUUGCCUGAGCGUGUAGGCGAGAAGCCCGAAAUCGAAGAUGACGAGGACAGCAAGGCGGAGCGCACACCUGCGCCUCAGGCAGAGCCUGUGCAAGCUGAUGAUCGAUUCUCCGACAAGGUGGAAGCUGCAUGGUCCUUACCAAAGCACUGGCGACUUAAUAUCAAGACUCUCAACGACCUGCCACUCAGUCCACAAGACCUUCCCAAUCUCGAGAGGCUCAAGAAGAAGUUCAAGGUCGGAGAGAUUGGUGACCCCAGGCUUUGGGCAUGGAAGCAUAGCCGCAUACACGAUCUCAAUGCCAUGGACUCUGACGCUGAUGCGCCUUUGAGCAUCGAGGGCUACUAUGUGCCAAACCCGACUGGCUGCGCACGGACGGAAGGCGUCAAGAAGAUACUCAACUCUGAGAAAUCUAAAUACCUGCCACAUCAUCUCAAGGUGCAGAAGGCGCGGGAGGAGCGGCAGCUCAAGGCAGCUCGGAAGGAUGGCAAAGACCCCGUCACCUCGGCCACAGAGGCCGCACGUCUGGCAGCCGAAAAGCUGGUGGCCAAGGGUAACUCGAGAGCGAAUCGUGUCAACAACCGUCGGUUCGUGGCCGACCUCAACGACCAGAAGAAGACCCUGGGGCAGGACUCGGAUGUGCUUCGCUUCAACCAACUGAAGAAGCGCAAGAAGCCGGUCAAGUUUGCCCGAUCCGCCAUCCACAACUGGGGUUUGUAUGCCAUGGAGAACAUCAACAAGGACGACAUGAUCAUCGAGUAUGUCGGCGAGGAGGUCCGCCAGCAAAUCGCCGAGCUCCGCGAGAACCGAUACCUCAAGAGCGGCAUCGGCAGCAGUUACCUCUUCCGCAUCGACGAGAACACGGUUAUUGACGCGACCAAGAAAGGCGGCAUUGCGCGCUUCAUCAACCACAGCUGCAUGCCAAACUGCACGGCCAAGAUUAUCAAGGUGGAGUCCACCAAGCGCAUCGUCAUCUAUGCGUUGAGGGAUAUCGCUCAGAACGAGGAGUUGACCUACGACUACAAGUUUGAGCGCGAGAUUGGCAGUCUCGACCGUAUUCCUUGCCUUUGCGGCACCGCUGCCUGCAAGGGUUUCCUCAACUAAGAUGACGAGUGCGCACAUACUUCUUUGGUGGAUAGACACAUUGAUUAGACAAUUUUCUCCGUGCAGGCAACGAAGACGCAGGAAGCCUCGUUAUGCCUCCCAUGGUUUUUUGGAUCACGUAUAGCGUCGUGUCCGUAGAGGGGUGUUGUCCUUGCUGCAGGAGGAGGAAAGUAAUGAUUACGCCAGCGCAAAGAUAGAGAGGCCUGUGUAUUACCAAGAUUCAUAACAAAUGCCAAAAAAAAACAGAGCGAACCCGCAACGGAGCAAGUUGCGGCUGACAGAACAUUUCACACAA